AUGGUUAUAUGGUUUCAAAAAAGUUCAUUGUAUUGUGUCACGAAAAAUAACAAAAUUUAUUACAAGGAAGACAUUAGAAGACGGCGCCAAUUUACAAAAAGAAAAAAAAAAGUGGAAUGUGUUGCCCAAUCAAUUUCGUGUGAUGGACGUUUACUAUCUUCGCUGUUGGUAGUGUUGAAAGAAGCAAGUGGCCAAUUCGGACCGGUCGUAGAAAAAACAUUGUUUCGUCCACAAAAUAUUUUUCCUUUGGCUUCGAAGUCUGGCAAGCUAACUUCAGAGCAUGUUAAAACGUGGUUGAAGCAUGUCCUCUACCCUAACAUUGGUCAACAAAGCGUUCUUCUGCUUGACUCCUGGAGCGGACACUGCAACGAUACAAUUGAAAAAACGAAACCUGCCGACAAAAACAUUGUGGCAAUGAUGAUACCAAAGGGAACUACUGGUCGAAUCCAACCUUUAGAUGUCUAUGGUUUUCGAGUAUGGAAAAAUGUCAUAAGGCGCUUUUCUGAUAUUGUCCUUUUACAUAAUUAUGACGUUAACCUUCAUUUACGGAAUAAUAUCAUAAAAUUGCAAUCACUCGUGCAUAAUCAAUUGUCUUCUCCUAGAUAUAAAAGCCUGUUGCAAUAUGCAUGGUAUAAAAGUGGUUAUAUCGAUGAAAGAUUAGAAAACUUCUCGAACCCGCAGCAAUGA